UUUUUAUGAACUUGAUAUUAAGGAAUUAUAAAUUUGAAGAACCAGCAAGUUUUGACACGAAACCCAGCACUUGUUAUUGUUUUGACAUAUGUGUUUGGAGAUGGUGUCGGAUAUUGUGUCAAGCUUGCCAUACUGUAAAUGGAGCCAUAUAAUCUAACUAAACUUCAACAGCUCACCUUCAAUGAAGACCAACUUCAGGAUGGUAGCCUUGAUUCAUUUAGCAAUGUGAUUCAUUACGACUCAGCACUGUUAGACCAAACCACAGGCAAGAAACAAAAUACAUCAGAGGUUGAAAACUCAGUUCAGUUUGCAUGGUUAAAUCCAAAGCAAGCUCACAAAUCCCAGACGCUUUUUCUUCCUACACCAUUCCAAGAAGUACAGACAACUCUUCCUUCCCAAGCUAGAGUACUUCCCUCCCCUUUCCAGAACAGGGCUCCACACCAAGAACAGCAAACCAGUCUUAGUAGCGGUGCCAUUGCUGAUAAAUCAGCCAAUAAUAAAGCUGACAAUAAAUCUGAUGAUUUUGCUACAGAGAUUCAUCAGUUGAUUAAAGACGUAUAUUCAGAAGUACAAGUACCAUUUCAUCCUCUACAGGAGCAGAAUUAUAUUCCAGACUACAUAUUUCUCCAACAAAAUAUACAGCAAGACCACAACAGUAGCAAAGAAGGUGAACGUUUUUUAGCACAGCCAAGCCGGGUCAAAGUAACACACGUUUACAAUCAGACAGUGUGGUCCCAGGUACCAGCCACAGCAUCCUCUCAUACACCAUAUAUCAAUAAAGCACAGGUGAAAUUAUCAGCUGGUGAUAUUGUUGUAAAAGGAACAGAUAUAAGCACUCUGCAGCAGAUAUCAUCAAAUACAACUGCUGUAAGAAAUAGCAAAUUAUUAAAAAUGGCCGAGAAAGAAGCGGGAAAUUCAAAUCCUACAGAACCAUUUGAGUCAGUGGCUGAAGCUUUACAUUUACAGCAAUCAGUUAUAGGUAAAAGUGGCAGUGUAACACCAGUGUCAGCUGAAGUUGUAGCUCAGAUUGUGGCCGAGGCAGAACGGAAAAUAAAGUUAGGUCAGGCAGUAACACCAACACCAAUAGAUUCUCAUCUACAGAAGUCCCAAUUAUCUGGAGUGGAAUCUACAGCAGGAGCACAUGUUGAUCAUCAUUCAUUUAGCCUCCCUCCUGCACCUAGACUCCCUGAUGCUGCCACAACCAGGGAACUUAUUCGUAUACACUCCCUUGAUAUCACGCGGUCUUCAGGAGGCACAGCUAAAGUACAGGAACCUGUCCCACAGCGUCAACCAGGACUACAAUUACCACAAUCUAACUCUGCAAACACAAAUCAAUUAUCUAAUGGUGCAUCAUUGUCAAAUAGUGGUUCCCUGGAUCACACUUUAAAUAAGGGAAGAACAUACAUACCUCAAACUACAGCAAGAACAGAACAUACACAAAGCAUAGAUAAUCUUCCAGAUGAUAAUCAAAGUGUAGCAAGCACUAAUAGUGAGCUGGAAGCAUUUACAGAGAAUGCUACUGACAGUUUCUUACAAUCACUGCCACCAUUUAGGCCUGUUAUACUAAGUGAUAUAAUGCCUGAGCCUAAACCACAAGAACUACGGCAUUCACCUCCAGUAAAGGAAACAUCCUUUAGACCUUUAAGUGUAAAAGUUGAUUCAGCACAACAAAGUCCAGCAUUUCAAACAUUUGUGACAGACAGUGGUGUGUUUUCACCAGAUUCUGAAGGGGCUGUUUCUCCAACUUCGAAUACUAUUCAACCAAGUAAAUCUAAAUUUGUUGUUCCAAAACCAGGUCCUUUAUUCCAGAGCACGCCAAGAAAACCCAUAAAUAUAAGAGAACAGUUUAAAAUGCCAGCCCAUUCAAGUAAUACUGAAAGUAGUCCACAAGUUGAAGAAGUUAGAAGAGAAAAGGCAAAACUUGAAGGCCAGUUGGAGAUGUUAUCCAUAGAAGCUCAAGCAACUUUACAAGAAAGAGCUGAAUUACAAGCGCAAGUUGCAUCGCUAAAACUAAAGUUGAUGAGUCAGAAAACACAGAGAAAUGAUGCUGAGAAAGAUGUUUUGAGAGCUGACCUUGAGAGUUUGAAGCAGUUAAGAAUCUCCCUGGAACAAUCUGUGUCUGACCUACAGAGACAGCUUGAGGAACGAUCUGAAGAGGGACGUAAUCUACAGGAAGAUCUGAACCAGUCACAAGAGCAAUGUGACAAACUGAAUCUCAGAAUGGCAGAAAUCCGAGAUGAAUUGAGGACAAAGGAGGUCACUAUUCAGGCUUUAAAGAAUAAGGUAGCAGAACUUUAUGUUGAAGUUCAAACAUCUAUGCACUCUAAACUGGAAGCUGAUAAUGAUGCAAGGUCUGCUAAGAGUGAACUUGUCUCACUACAGAGUACAAAAGACUGGUACCAGCAACAAUUAGAGAUAGCUUCUAAGGCAAGAUCAGAACUUCAGAAAGAGUUAACAGUGUUACAAGCCCAGGCUGUUUCCCAGUCCAGUAUCAUUGAUAGGUUAAAGUCAGAGAAUACAAAACUUAGACAGCAGUUCACAGAUAUUCAAAACAAAGCAUUGAAGGAGAAGGAAAUGCUUGCUAAACAUUUAGAGACAAUAGAAAGUGACAUGAUGGAUAGAGAAGCAGCAUUCCAAGAAAUACAAAGAGAAAGAUCAUUUUUAGAAGAUACAUUUAACACUAAAAUUCAGACAGCUGAGGAUGAAAAAAGCAGAAUAAAUUUGCUUAUGCAAAUGACAAAUGAUCUGGAAAACCAAUUAGACAAAGCACACAAUGAUCUGAAAAAGAAACAAAAUCAAAUUAAUCAAUUAGAAACCGAAAAUAUUGAGUUAAUGAAAAAAUUGAGUUUGUCACAAGAAACUGUUUCAGAGAAAGAAACCAUAGUUGAAGAUUUAAAACACAGUUUGAUUGAAUUAGAUGCUAGGUUAAAAGCCUUUCAGAACAGUAUGGUUGAUAAAGACACAGAAAUUCUGAGACUGAAAGAAGAAAAGGCUAAAACAGAAAUAGCUCUAAAUGCUGCAUUGCAAGAAAAAUCAUCAGUAGAUAAGGUUUUGAAUGGACUGAAAUCAGAUAUGGGAAAAGUUGAAUCAAGUUUUAAACUUAUGAGACAAGAACUAAAUACAAAGUCAUUGGAGAUGAAUAAGAUUAGAUCUGAUGGUAAGAGUUCUGAAGAACAAAUUGAAAUUUUGAAAACUGAGCUUGAAAAUGAACGUAGAACUUAUGAAGUGGCUAAGUCUGAAUUUGAAAAUAAAUCAGAACUUAUUAAUGAGUUACAAGAUCAGAAAGUCAAGUUAGAAAGUGAGGUAUUGUUGCUGACAGAAAAACUUAGUGUCAUGGAAGUUUCACAUGGAGAGGCAAUGAGUGAGAAACAGGUUCUGGACACAGAAUUAAGUGCUACUAGAGAAAAACUAGAAGAAGUGAAACAGAAAAUAAAAAGUGAUAAUGAAAGAGAACAAGAGAGAUUACAGACAUCUAGAGUUGAUGAUAGUGAGAUUAUAAAGGUUCAGAAUGAAUGUGUUCAACUUAGAGAGAAGGUAGCUGAAAUGAGCAAGGAUGGUAAAAAAGACUUGAUGAGGCAGAAAGCCAAAUCUGCUAAACUAAGUCAAGAUUUGAAUGCUGUAAAAACAGAACUGAUGGAACGACAGAAAACAUUUGAUGAUAAUAUUGAAUUACUUAGUGCUAAACUUAGGGAAAUUGCAGGAGAGAAAGAAAAGUUAGAAACAGAGUUAACUAUGGUACAUAGGAAGUAUGAACUAAGUAUACUGGAACAGAAGGAUCAAAUUGGCUCAGAACUACAGAAUUUGGCAUCAGAAAUACAGCAUGUACGGUUAGAAAAACAGUCCUUGGAGACUCAGUUUAUAGAACUGCAGCAUGCUCGGGACUCUGACCUCAACCAGUACAAUCAUCAGUUGUCUGCUCUUGAAGAGGAUUUACGUUUAGCUCUGGAGUCACAAAGAGAUACAGCAGUAACUGAAGAAACAAAUACAGAACUGCUUCUGGAGCUGGAGAAAGAAAAGGGGAGAUUAGCAGGUUUGAUGCAAAGCAACGCCACUUUAAAGCAACAUGUGGCACAACUAGAGGAAGCUCUGGCAUCAAGGGAGUCAACUCUUGUAAAUAUGCAGACACAGUGGACACAGGAUAUGAGAGAGAAAGAGAUAGAAUCUCACGAGAACAUCAAGAGGGUACAGGCAUUAGAGGAAAGUCUACAGAAAGAGAAAGAGGGACAGAGAGAUAUUCGAAAACAAAUUGGCCUUAAGAUAACAGAAAACAAGAAAUUGAAGCGUCUAAAUGAUUCUCUCAAACAAGAUCAGGAGCAGUUGAAGCAAGAUUUAUCCCUGCGUGAACAGGAAAUAACCAUGCUACAGACAGAGCUGGGUACCGGUAAAGAGGAAUUAAUAGCUAGACAGUCAGAGAUUACCUCCCUUGAAACUGGGAACAAGUCUAUACGGAGAGAAUUAGAACAUGUACAACAACAAUUGUUUGAUAAUCUGGCCAGGGAACCAGUCAUACAGGAACAGAUAAAGAGUUUGGAGUGGCAGUUAGAACUAAAGUCGAAGGAGCUAGAAGCAGUACAAACACAGAUGAAACAUUCCGAGGACAGACAUGUGACUGAGACAGAGAAUAUCAGACAACUUCUACAUGAGAAGACCAGUGAGAUAGAACACCUGAAAUUAGACAUGGCCACAAUGAAACAUGAUAAACAAGUACAGCAGGCAAAACUUUCUGAACUCCGCAGUGCUCUCAAAUCAUCUAUUCAAUAUCAUAAGUUGAUACAGAAGAUGAGUAAGUUACAGUCUAUGAGUGGAUCAGGUGAUGCUGGUACACAAGAUUUACCUCCCUUACCAUUUGAUAUAGCUGACAUGGACAAACUACUGCAAGAGACAACAGUUAGAGCCCUAGAGAGCAAACCUUUAGACAACUUGCAAAACUGUUUACUGAAUUUACGAUCGGAGAUUUCUGGGCUACAAGCACAAAUGGAUGUACAUAAUACUACUAUACAGACUUCUACAAAUAACUGGAGUACAAUAGAGCAGCAUGUAGCGGAGUUAACUCAUGUGGUACAGACUAUCAGUAAUACAACAAUGAAUUCCUCUACAACAGCCUCCCUGGCUGCAGCAGCCGUAGAUAUGGUAGAUAAAUCUAUGGGAAUAAUAAAUGUCUAAUUACACAGUGCAUAUAUACAUGUAUAUUUUUAAAAAAUAUAUUUAUAGCUUUUGUGAAAAUGGUUAUUAUGUGUUCAUCAAGCAUUUUAGAGAUUUGAGGGAUAGCUGUAAAUAGCUGUUAAGUUGCCAUACACUUAACAUUACUCAAAACUGAAGUAGUGGUCUCACUGGUUUGAGUCAGUUAAAAGUUAGGAAAUAUUAGAUACUUAGCGAUUUACCAGGUAGUGAAAAGUAUCCUGUUACAGUUAAAUUUUAUAAGGUGUAAUGAAUGAAAGUUGGAACCAGUUUUUUUAUGAAAGGAGGUAGAGACUGGCAGCAUGACUCCUGCUGUCAAGACAGUUAUAGAAUACAUGUAUAUACAAAACCAAAAUAUAACUCAGACUUAAUUAAGGAACUUGUGAUGUGUUGGUUGUUAUGUUAAGAGUAGUCCCAUAUGUUUCACAAGUUAAAUUAUGUUUUACAAAAUGUUUUACAUGUUUUUCUGUUUAGUAAUAGACAUUUUCUAUUACAUCUAGCAAAAUAUUGUGUGCUAUUUUUCUUACUGUGGCAGUUUGAAAAACAAACUGAAAUUAAUUAUUUACAUCUUGAAAUAUGUAUAAGACUUUAGUAUCAAUCCUUUGCACAGUUUGUAGAAGCUUUCUCUUCUGUAAAGUCACUUCCUAUAAACAACAGAAAUUAUGGUGCUAUAUAAGAAAUAGCCAAAAUUUAAAACUCUUUGUUUUCUGGAUAUUUCUGUACAAAUUCUAUGAUUGUAAUUGAUUUGUCCAUGUUUUUGGUAAGUUAAGAAUUACAUUGUAUUACAUGAAGUUGCUUGUUUUACUGUAAUAUAACCAUUGUGUAAUAUAACCAUUAUGUAUAUUUUAUAUAACAUACUUAAUAUAAAUCAUUUAUGUAAAAUAUUAUGAUGUCAUUAACUCUAUCAUGUAUAGUAUGUGGGGAUGUCAUUUUAAAACUUGUGCACCUCAUAGUGAUUUUUAAAACAUUUUCUGGUAUUAUGAUGUGACAAAAGUAUCACACAGUUGUUGUCAUUCCAUGUAGGGUACAUUAAACUUCAUAGAUAUAUUAUAUGAAGUUUGCCACCGGCUUAUUUUGUAACAAUUCUACAUACAUGUACUUGCUUAAUUCUAAACGGCAACUAAUGUACCAAUGUGACCAGUACAGACCCAAGAUAAAAAACUAUGUGCAGUCUGACCAUGGUCUGCACUGUUCAUUAUUCAUUCAGUAAAUAUUUUAAUAUUUUCCCUAAACUGAUGUAUGAUUUGGUUCAGAUUUAGGGUGGUAAGGUUCAGUGUAAGUUAAUAUGAAAGGACAACUGAUGUAAGAUCCUUAAUGUGUAUGAACUUUUCUAAGAUAUACUAGUAUGUGUGUACAAGAACUCUGUAUUGUUUCUCCAAUGUAAUGUAUUGUUCCUCCAAUGUAAUUAUUGUAAGUUAUGAAUAGAUAAUGGAUCUUUGUCAAUGUUUAUUUGUUGAAUACUUUAUAAAUUUCAUUGUUUUGCAAUAUUAAUUUCUUUGUUAUGCAAGAGAUUAUGAUAUUCAGUUUUUAAUAUUAUCCUUUUAUAUCAAAAUUAUGUUAAUGUAAUACAGUUAAUAUUAAUGUUAAGAUAGAAAUGUGUACAAAUUAAGAUACUCAAGGUCAUUGGGGUUAUUAAUUGUAGAUUUUAAAGCUUUGUAUACACUGCUCUUUGUAAAUAUUAAUAAUUAUAUGGGGUUAAAUGUGUAUUGGUAGCUUCUUUCUAAGACAUCAAUUCAUCACAACACCAGAUUCUUAAAAACUGGCAGCCAUUUUUGAUAAAAACAUGUAGGUCAAAUUCUAUUGGCAUAUAACUUGAAUAUAUAUUGCAGACUGAUCGAAUUGCAUAUGCUCAUAUGAGUUAGUCAUUGUACUUAUAAAACUUUUGUUUUUUUCUUGCAUACUAUUCCCAUCAUUUUAUUACUAGUAUUCUGGUUCUUUGAUGCUUAGUUAGUUUAUAGUACUUGCAGAGCUUUGAUUUGUUUAUAUUACCAACGGCAAAAAUGUAAUGGUUUCAUUUUUUUUCUCUUUCAAGGAUUCUAAAUUAUAUAUUUUACACUUUACCCCAUGUUGUGUUUACAUAUUGUUUUCAUAUCUUUUAAAACAAUCCAGAUAUCUUUUAUAUCUUUUUUAUUUAAUCAUAAAAGAAAAUGAAAUGUGCUUUCUUUAAGAAAACUGUUUUUCAAGUGUUAGAUAUCUUUCAUAUCUUUAUUAUUUAAUCAUUAAAGAAAAUGAAAUGUUCUUUAAGAUAACUAUUUUUAAGUGUCCAACUUAUACAUACAAAACUUUAAAUUAACUUCUAAAUAAAGGGUGACACUGGACAAUUAUUGUGCCAUUUUAUUAUGUCUUCUUCAACUUACUUUUUGUUUUUUAACAUGUGUAGAUGUGUAGUUUAUUUAUCAUUCUUUAUGUUUGUUUGAUUUUAACUUUAUUACACUGAAUCUCUGAAUAUGCACAAAUUUAAUAUGCUUUGUCAAUACAUUUUUUUUUAAUUUGGAAUAUGUAUUGUGAUAUUAGAAGAUUGUUUACUGAUUAUAUAGGGCACUAUAGACAGUCACUUUAUAUGAUUUUAUAGUUAGUAGAUAUUUAUAAAAACACUUCUUAGAAUAGUAAUUUGUAUUAAGUAGUUAUAUCAUAUACUGCAUGUAGUUUGUACCACAGGAACUUGAAAUUCUAUCAAUAUUAAUGAUAAUAUCCAAAAUAUACCCCCUAUAUAGUAUAAAUAAUCACAUUGAUAGAAUUUCAAGUUCCUGUGUUUGUACACAUAUUUCUGAAAUGUAUAGAUAUAUAUAAGCCUUGUCUAGCUAUGAUGGGUCAUGUUCGACCAUUCAGCUCACAAGUGCUGCAGUAAUUUGCUAUUAGCCGAAAGUAAUGAGAAAUGUUUAAGUAAUAAUCACUGUAAACUAAUUAUGAUACAAGAUCUUUUUUUACUGAAAUGGAUCGGUUAUCUUGACCAAGUCAUUAUAACAAAAUGAGUUGGUUUCUAUUUGUAUAUCUUACAUGUGUAAAAGAUUUCCUGUAUGAAAUACCGUGAAUGCACUUAAUUAUGUGGGCAUGAAAUUACAAGAUUUUGUCAAAAAAGGAUAUUUGUGUGAGUUCUUGAAUUAGUGGAUUGUCUUGCAUUAGUAGAAUGUAAGAUUUUGCAAAAAAUGUAAAAUGCAAAAAACUACACUAAUUAAUCUCACAGCUAAUGAAAUAAAAUUUUGUUGGAUCUUAAAUUUAUGGAUUGAACAAACCAUGAUAACUACAAAAAUUAGUGCCCCAUAAAUAAUUAUGAUUUUGCAGUAUGCAAGUAUGACACAAAUGAUCAAUCUUGCCAUUUAGUCUUUAUAUUUUGCAUUUCUGUUAAUUUAUUUUACCUUAGUUUUUUUUCUAGUCUCUAACAUGUAUUUAUUCAUAAGGCUUUUACUUUUAAUCAUUUUACACUAUAGAACACUAUAUAUUGAAUGCUGUUUUUAAAACAGACUACUUUUCCUGGUAAAUGUGCCAGCAUUUAUACAAUAUAGGCAUCAUGGGUUCAUUAUUGAACAUGUUUUAGUCACAUGUUUCUCAUUAAACACAAAAUUAGAGCAAAAAGUAUGUUUCUAUAGUUUACCAGAGAUAGCUUCCAUAAUAAUCUAGCUAGAAUAAUGUUUAACACAAGAUAUUGAAAGACAAAAUGAGUGAUUCUCUUUAAUUAAUCAUGUUAGAAUGUUUACAUUAUCAUAAAUUACAUGUUUUGUGUGAGAAUGUUCAGUUAGCGGUUGUAUAACAUCCACAUAGAAAUCCAGAAAGUUUUUGCAAUUAACUGUGCAAUUAUUUUGCCUAGUCUAUAUUGUAUUACUAUAUAAAGCAUACACAUCUGUAAAUACUGUCUAAAAUAUGCCUUCCUAGGCCAAGUGGUUAAGCUUGCAAAAUUUUUAAAGCUACAUUAAAUAAAUAUGUAAAAAUAUUUUUGCCGUCGGCCUAAAAACCAAGCAUUCUACAGUUUCAUUAACCUUUUUAACAGUAUCGUUAUAAAUCUCAUCAAAUACUGUUCAUAAAUUAGGAUUUUAAAUGGAAAACCCCACGGUAACACUAAAGUUCGUAUACGAAUUUUAACAUGCAAAUGAAGACUAUAAUCAGCUCGUGUAUGCGCUACGUCACAGUGUUAUAGUUGCUGUCCAGAACACAGCAAAUAAACGAUUUUCUUGUGCAAUCACAAUUUAACCGUUUAAGCUUCACGGUGCACUAGCCCUGGGGUUCAGAAAAAAUAAUCAUCUCAUAAAAAAGAUUAAAUUUGUAUGAAAAUAUCCGUUACAAUGCGGAAAUAUACCGUUAAAUUAGGACUGCUACUUAUAGUCAUGUUUGUUGAUUUUACAUUGAUGUACGGAUGAUCUGAAGGCGGAGUUUAUCAUGCAAACAAAAAUUGUACUCCCGAAUUCGUUGCACAUUUGUAUGCUCAUAAAACUCAUUUUCGUUGUCUGGACACCAAAAUAAGACCUGGAGUCGAUAUGAAACCCAAUUUAUUAUUGACAUGUCGCUAUUUCUGUUUUUAUGAAAUUUAUUAAAUGUAACUUUAAUUGCUUACCUGUCACUGAUGUAUAUUCAACAGGUACAUUGAAAUAUUUAAUGAGAGGUAGCUGAAAAAGUUGGUUGUUCUAAUCAAGAGUCAAACAGUAUUCAAGGUCUUCCUCCACUUGUGACCAUUAGAUCUGAACAAUAUUAGUGCAGAUUCAAAACCAGAAGAAGAAUACCUACUCUGGUGUUAAACAUGGUGUUACACUAAUGACAAUGACCACUUAUUUAGACAGUAUUUAUACAGUAUACAGUAAUACAAUAUACUACAAUAUCGGUCCAUUUGAAUUGUCUCAAGUAUUUAUUUUACUUAGUGUGUAUUACUUUUUUAUCUGUAACCCAUAAUUCUGUUGUAUUGUAAAUGUUUUUUCUUAGUCUUACACAUCUCUAAUGAGCAUGGUUUUACUGUUAACUCUAGUAAAUAUAAUUUACUGUUAAAUGUGUUUUUGUUUGGAGCCUUAUAUUUGCAUCUCAAUGUUAGCUAUUAUUACUGUGUUGUGGAGAAAAAAAAGAUGAACUUCAUGGCUAAGUGGUAAAAGGUCAAUGACUUCAAAACACUUCCCUUAACUGCUGUGAGUUCAAUUCCUGCCAGGGACUCUUUCAUGUUAGGAAGCUAACAAGCUAGCUUACAGAAUGUCAGUGGUUCUACUCUCGUGCCCACACAUUCCUGAAAUUAUGAAAGGUGAAUAGGAGGUUUCUCCACCAAUAAUGCCAGUGGUUCUACUCUGGUGCCAAUUAAUGCCUAAAAUAAUGCAAGGUCAACCUGAAGUCUUCCUCCACCAGUAAAGCUUGAAAGUCACCAUAUGAUCUUUACCAUAUUGGUGCAAAAAGUAAAGAAAGGCUUAAAAUAUGUUAGCCAGUUUUGCUUUUUGAAAGGUAAAAUAUCUGACAGGUAUCUGUCAUAGACACCAUCAUAUGGUAGUGUAAUUUAAUUGAAGUCAUACAUAAUUCAUGUGAUAGUAUAUUGUUACCAUAAGGCAUUACAUCUUGGUCUUCAUAGUCCCAAUUGUUAGUCUUGCACCUUAAAAUGUUAAAUAUUCUAUUUACCAUCUUUUAUUUCAUUGUAUUUGUAUCUCAAUGAGAUUUUGCAGUACUAGUUUUUAGAGAUGCACAAGAUAUUUUAAAUGAUUUUAUAAUACAUUUACAUGUAAAGAAGGGUUUAUUCAUUAUUUGGUGACUUAAUUUGUAGGCUAAGGCCUUCAAAAAGUCCUCUACAAAACUAUCGAGUCACAAAAUUAUUAUAUUUAUAAUGAUAUUGAUUUACCAGUACAGCGCUUUUUUAGUAAUUUGUAUAUAUAUUCACUUGUAUGUUAUUUACUGGAAAUUUUACCCUUAUAUAAACACAAAACUUUUUGUUUAUUAUAGAACAGGAUGUUCUGGUAAGGCUUUAAUUACUACAAAGCCAUAGUACUGGUACAUACUUGAUUUUAGACAGGGCACUGCAUAUUUUUAACCAAACAUAAGGCUCUGCAUAAAUAAACUUAAAUUUUUGAGUUAUAAUAUAAAUGGGUCUAUCUGAUUUUUGUGAAGAACUUGUAUCAGCUGUAAUUUUUCCUUUUGUGGGAUACUUGAUGUACAAUAAAGAAAAAGAUGACAAUAAUUAAGUAAAAUGAAAUUGAACAUUUAUGUGUAACAAUGAUCAUUUUAUAUCUUUUUCUUCAUCAUUAAAAUGUAAUUUAUGUUAAGUUGGGUGUUUUUUGUUAUUUUACAUGUACUAGUUUAUAAAAUUUGUAUCAAAAAAUGUUACUAGUUAAUUUCUCAUUAAUCAUAAGUUGAUACAGUUGUUAAUGUGAUAUGAUUCUGUCUUUUCUUGUUAAUAUUGGUUGUAUAAUUCUUGAGGGAAUAGAGAGUAUUCUAACCUGA